CACAAUUCGUUUACCUCUUCGCUUGCAAAGAAGUUCAAAAACAAAAAAUUAUCAAAAUGUUCAAAUUGUUCGCAGUCUGCUUCUUGGCUCUCUUCGCUGUUGCCUUCGGUGCUGCUAAACCUGGCCUCUUGGCUGCUCCAUUGGCUUACUCUGCUCCUUUAGCCGCUGCCCCAGUUGCUGCUGCUUAUGCCGCUCCAGUCGCCGCUGCUUACUCCGCACCCCUCGCCUACACCGCAGGAUAUGCUGGUUACGUCGCUCCCUACGCCAGCAGCUACUCCGCUCACUCGAUUGCCCACUCCGCCGCUUUCCCAGCUGCCUAUGCCGCCGCACCAGUUGUCGCCGCUCCAGCGCCAGUGCUUGCUGCUGCCCCAGCUGUUGCUGUAUUGAAGAAAUAGAAAACGAAUGCAAUUUGUUCAGGAUGUUGUCGAAAGUACUGACCCAAUGCGAGACAAAAUAAAAU